UCCCCUGCGACAAAAAGCCGCUAUAGUUGACGACGUGGCCGAGCUACGUCUCCGUGUUUCAGCGGACCGGGGCGAUUCAAACGGGGCUAAACCGGCUUUGUUCAUAGCUCGCUAACGUCACUUCAGAAAGCCUCUCCAGAAGUUUUGAUACCACCGCAGACUCGCAAUGUCCGGGAAAGUCAAAAGCCGAAGUGUUGCGAACGCAGACUCGAUAACCGGCGCCGUGUCUUGCGAUGAACGCAUCUUGCGCGAUUGUCAUCAACUCUACGCGGAUCCCGACAGUGGGUUGAUCUCAGUAGCUGAAUCUGUUAAUGUGAAGUUGCUGCCGCCCAGAAAAAAGAUCACCGUGAUGCUGAUGGGCAACCACUCUGCUGGGAAAAGCUCCUUCAUCAACUGGUAUGUGGAGGAGCACAUCCAGCGCACUGGAGUGGCAAUUGAGACCCAAGGCUUCAACUUUGUUACAAGUGGGCGCAAGAGGGAAUCUCUCACAGGAAAUGCCACCCUUCAUCUAUAUCCACACUUCAGGCCUCUGCAAGAGUUCAAAGGUGUUUCCGAGUACUUGAGCACAGAGAUCUGCACUUCACGACAGAAGCGGUUCAGCCUGGUGACCUUUGUGGAUUCUCCGGGCUUGGUGGACGGGGACAUGAAGUAUCCCUUCGACGUGGACGAGGUUAUCAUGUGGCUGGGUGAUCUCUGCGACCUGGUUCUGGUCUUCUUCGACCCCAUGGGUCAGGCUCUGUGCAAGCGCACCCUCAACAUCGUGGAGCGCAUGAACGAGAAACAAGGCGAUCGGCUGCGCUUUUACCUGAGCAAGGCGGACGAGGCCGGAGGGGAGUCGGACAGACAGAGAGUGAUGAUGCAGAUUGUGCAGGAGCUCUGCAAGCGACCGGGCCUCAACAAGUGUGGUUUUGACAUGCCCACCAUCUACAUUCCAAAUCCAAAUAAGCCGAGUCGCUGUGUAAACCAGAUUGAAGAGGUUUGUCGUGCCAUCGAGAAAACCAUCAACCAAACGGUCCAGAACACGCUGAAUUCCCUGGAGAAGGACUGUGAGGUCAUCAGCGAGGCCAUCACCGACAAGCUCAGUAACGACAGGCAAACCAGCGCUAUGAACCGGCGGGCGCGCUGUAAGAGCUGCCUCCUGACCCUGCUGGGCUUCACUGUCCCUCUGGCUCUGAUGGCCUUACUGGUGCUGGGCGUCCUGUCCCAGGAGCUGCUGGAGGUGGCCCUGGGCCCCGAGGGCACCGAGACGCUCUCCCUCUACCUGACUCCGGUGGUGAAAGCAUUCGACUCGCUCUCUGUGGAGCAGCAGCUCUACGGAUGUGGUGCCAUGGUCCUGCUCUCCUUCCUCCUGCUCAUCAUCGCACGCUUCUCCUUCAGGACUCAACCGACUCUUUCAGGCAAACAAAAAAGGCAACUGCACGAGAAGCUUGAGUACGUUCAGGAGGUGGUCAAGACCAAGAAGAAAAAGCUGUAUGAAGAUUACCUCCGCCAGAGUGUCAGCGAUCACGACAUGGGCUUGUAAAGACGGCCCGGCGUCCCCUCGCCGCACCCAAUGAAAUGAAAGCGUCGCCAUGGUUUCCCAGCGGCAGCCGCCUCGUCACUCUGACCACUCGAUGCCGGCUCUGGUUGUGCGGAUGUACAUUCCAGGCACUCAUUUUGAGAUGCUAGAUACUGUAGAGGCCCAUUUACUUUUUAGAUCACGAUACCUCUGUGAACUCUCUAAAAACACACUACCGGUUAUUAGUUUGAGAAAUGAGCUUUUGUUACUGAUUAUUUUUUAUGAUAUAUAUCUCAUAUAUACAUGUUUUCUGUGCCUCUGCUCCAGUCAAAAGAAGUCAGGUUGAUACCACUAUAUAAGAUAUUGAAACAUUUCCAAAGUGUUUAUAAUGGUGUUUUCAUCAGAGAAGUGUUAUUUUAGUUAAAGGGCGUGUGACACCUGCUUUAAAUGACUUUUGGAGACGAUCACCAGCAUUUAUUACAGAACCUUGACUGCCUGGUUUGAUGAGGUUGUUUGUGUAUUGAUCCAGCUUACAUCAUGAAUGUCUGUUUGCUAAUAUAUACAAACAACUCCUGUAGAUUAAUAUCCAGCAGACAUUUUUCCAGUGACAACUUUUUCUAUUUUCCUCUUUUAAUUAAGGAAUACUUAAAUAAAGUGUACACCGUCUUUCUUGAGAUUA